AUGUCGUCGAACGGUGAAUUCUCGACGAUGUCUAGCGAGGAAAUGCCGUCCCUGCCGAAGUCCCUGCCCAGCUCCAGGGAGGCGACUGCUGAGGGUAGUUCCGGUUCCGGGGGCGGUUACAUGCCUCUGCGAGAGUUUCUGGAUCGAUUCUCGUUGCCGAGAGUUGUCAGGCUCGAGGGGACCAGCGGCAGGCCGGUGUUGCUCUACAAACAGCAACAGAGAUCGCUUCGGGUCACCGCGUCUCUAUUGAUACAUCGUUAUCGGCACGACGUCAAUGUGGGACCGGAAAUCGUCAUACCGGAGGGUUAUCCAGGGUGGUUUUCUGUGAUAUCUGGCAGCAAUGCUACGAGUGGCGCGCGAGUCUACAGAAGAGUAGAUUCCCUGGUGCGAGCAGGAGUACCCGCGUUCCUUUUGGCGGCGCCGUUAAGGGCAUACAUUUUAACGCACUCGAAAAUGGAAAAUGGCAAUCUAAGGGCUCAUUACACGAAAACCACGAUCCGAGCCGGUGAAAUUCUACGAUUGAUAGCGGUCUUCCAGGACACGAGGAAGUGCAGCACGGUUUCAUUCGGUAUUUCCGGUAGCUCGUCCGAGAAGGAUCAGUACGCGCAGUGUUUAGAUCCGCACGGCCGUGAAGUGUUCGCCCCGUUGUCGGCCAGGGGCGAGUUUUACGCGAUCUGCCAGAACAGUGGCAUCGACACGGGAAGCGACGCAGUGUUGUACAAAGUGCAUCAUCUUGCAAAGAGGCAGCUACCUCUCAGGGUUCGUUUAAUAGCUGGUCCACUUCCGGUCCCCCUGCCAAGGGAAUACGGUGGUUUAAUGCAGUUGGAAAGUUCGACCCGGGGACCAAUUGUUUUAGGAUGUAUCGUGCCGGAAAGACCCGUUCACAAUCCUGAAAUGCUCGAGCUCGUGGUGACUGGUAGCGGUGCACCGCGAGUAAAGAGAGCAAGGUUGGGUUAUCCAUCGGAAGCUAGGUUAUUGGCAUCGCCUAAAAUGCAACGAUUAUUAUCCGCCUGCAGCCGAGCCGUCGGAGAUCGCGCAACGGAACCGAGGGUGGCACCUUUGAAGCUGCACCCAACUGGCGAGAGCUUGAAGGAAAUGAAUUUGAAGAAAAUCAAACCGAAACCGGAAACGAAGCCGAUCCUCCAGAGUUUAAAGGACGGGCUCGAGCAACUGAAGAAGAGCACCGUCCGGGAAAAAAGCCAGACGAGACAGAACUGUCGAAAUGGUUUCUUGGAACGGAUCUCGAAGCUGGCGCAGGGCGGCCGUAGCAGAAACCCAGCGAAGAAAUCGGCUUCGUUUACGUUCGCAGUGAAACCGGAAGUUGCGAUUAGGUGCCAGGAACGUUACUCCAGUUUGGAGCCGGAAACCACUACCUCUCACCCGAACUCUUCCAAGCAACCUGUACAAAGAUCUGUCUCCACCAGCAUCUUGGAAAUGCCGACGAUGACGAUGACGACGACGACGGCGUCGAACGUCGAGCUGCAGCCGAAUUACUCCCGAGUCAGAGACAGUCUCACGCCAGUGCCAUCCAUUCCCAAAUUGACUAGGACCAAAGCUGAUGAUAUUUAUGCGGAGAUCUGCGAGAACGCGGCGGCCGCACAGAUUCAAAAGUGUCCCGGUAGCCACGUGAUGGCCCGGAUAAAAAUCGUGGUGAGAGGACGGGACUCGCCUAUGAUGGAUCUGCCGAACAAGUUCGGCAAGGACAGACAUACGAACUCGAUGGUAACGAAUGAGCGAAUCGACUCGAUUAUCAGCACGGAGGACGAGGUUAUAUACAAUACGGUGUUCUGA